UGGUUCACUGUUACCAAACAGUUCCACGUGAAGCAAGAGAAGCUAGAAGUAGCUCUGUGUUCCUCCCGAAGAAGUUAGUUCUGGUCAAAUUUAGGCUUUUAUUUCUACCGCACACGAUGCCGGAAGGCCCUGAGCUGCAUCUCGCCGCUCGGUUCGUGAACGCGGUGUGCGCCGGCCGGGUGUUCAGCGGCAAGCCGUUCAAGUCUGAAGUGAACUGGAAGAACCCCGAGGUCGCCUUCGAGGCCGCGGCGUACACGGUUUCGGCAGUCUCCCGCGGCAAGGAAGUACAGCUGAGUCUUAACCCCCUGGAGGAGGAGAAGAAGAAGAAGAAGAAGGUUACUGGGUCGCUGAAAAUCGUCUUCCGUUUUGGCAUGUCUGGAGUUUUCAGAUUUACCUCAGUGUCAGAACUUCCCAAACAUGCCCACCUGAUGUUCUACACCAGAGACAAGCCUCCCAUGGUUCUUUCGUUCGUGGACGUGCGACGGUUUGGCAGGUGGGAGGUCGGGGCAGGCUGGCAGAAGGACAGGGGACCAUGUGUCAUACUGGAGUAUCAAGACUUCAGGUCCCAUGUUCUGUCCAGCCUGGCCGACACAGCCUUCAACAGACCCAUCUGUGAGGUCCUACUCAACCAGAAGUACUUCAACGGUGUGGGGAACUACCUCAGGGCAGAGGUGCUCUUCAGACUGGGGAUCCCACCUUUUGUGAGUGCACGCUCAGUAUUAGAACCUCUGGCUAAAGCAGACGAACUUGUGGCACAAAAUGGUAAAAAGGGGGUAAAGAUAAAGACAGAACAGCCAGACCUCCUGGAGCUGUGCAACAAGCUGGCACUGGAAGUCGUCAGUCUAGGUGCGACAACGUACAGCCAUGCACCUGACAGUGAGUCCAGUCAUGAUGCCUUCCUGAGGUGGUUACAGUGUUACUAUAACUCUGACAUGAGAACUCUGGUGGACCACAACGGAAGGACUAUCUGGUUCAAGGGAGAGGCAGGGCCACUUGCUCCAAAAGACUUUUACUACUAG